AUUAUUCUUAUAAAUCAAGUUCGUAUUAUUUUGCUAUGUUCGAAUGCCAUAGGGACUACUGCGGAAUGUCUACAAAUUAUUGGUUGUGGACUCGCUAAAGUGUGUGAAUAUAUGCCAACAUCGUAUAAAUAAUAUCGUGCCGUUGUACUACCCCAAAUACCACCUUACUUACAAGGUAUCUAUCUAGGUAAGUAAUCGCAAAACUUUAUAAAUACUCUCCUAGUUCCCCAGUCUAUAUGAACCCUCCCAUUGCUUCAAGAUGUUUUAUUCACCAAGCCUGUUUACCGAACCCUUCCUAAGUUAGCUACAAUGCCCGACUACUUCGUUUCCUCAGCAGAGGCAGAGAAUAAGCGCUUAGAGCAGGCUUCUGCUGUGGUAAGAGCCUAUAUGGAUGGAAAUGCCUUCCUUGCCCCUAUCGACACGGCACGCGGGAACCUUAAAGUACUCGACAGUGCUACAAAUAACGGGUUCUGGUUGUCGCAGUUCCAAGCUUCUCUCAAAGACCCAAACUCAGCUACGCUAAUUGGGACUGACCUUCAGGAUCGUUUUCCCGAUCCCCCGCAGUCAGGAAUCAGCUUUCAGAUCCAAGAUAUUAACGAACCAUGGCCAAAGUCUUGGAAGUCAACAUUUGAUUACGUGCAUCAAACUCUAGUGCUAUUCCAGGCGGGUCCGAAGCAGCGUGAGGCCAUUAACUCUCUCGGAGAGCUUGUGAAGCCCGGUGGUUGGAUUGAGCUUAUGGAACCUCAGUAUGAAGUAACUAAUGAUAACAAAGGGCCGGCCUAUAAGCAGUUCCUUGAUAUGUUGGGCGAGCUGUGGGAUAUGAGGGGCACGAAGAGCGGGUUUGCCGCUGACUUAGAGGGCAUAGUUAAAGACGCUGGCUUUGUGGACGUCAAAAGCGUGCUACUGCCUAUUGGCAUAGGUCCUAAGCAUAAAGACCAGGAAUUAGCCGGUGUCAGCGUCGAGAGUACCGUGGGUGGUGGCAAGAAUAUCACUAUAGCUGGGAAAUCCAUUCCAGGAGGACUCAAGUCUAUUUCUGCAGAGGAUUUCGAGACCUGGCCAGCGCGCUUUGAAGAGGAGUUGAAGACGAAAGGAGCCUAUUUGCCCCUAAGGGUAGUGUACGGCAGAAAGCCUGAAGCUUAACUAGGUCUAGAAACGUAAGGGGCCAUUGGAUAUACUUCUUUAGACUUUGACUAUUUCCUUCGUUGGGUAAUCUAGGACUCCAUCAACCUUCUUUUUAAUAGUAAAUAUUGCUAGUCUUGGUAGAGUAAGAGCCAUCAUGUUAAGUAAGAUAGGGGCAGCGGUCCCCGAGGCUUCAGAAAAUAGGGAUUUAAACCUGACAUAUAUUCAAAUCCCGAGUGUCCGUACAAGGUAAACGCCGGGUCUUUCUUGAACUGUACCUACAGGUAUACAAUGAU